AUGGUUAAUCCCUACAAAGGAAAAAAAGAAACACGCAGAUAUCAAACUCUCUUGAUACGAAAUCGUAAAACGCGAAAACCCUCUUCCUCCUCGAUUCCUCUCCCACCGUGAACCGCCACUCUUCGCCGCCGUAUCAAUCUAUCUCGAGGUUCUGGAAUUACAUUGAAAUCUUAAGAUGCCGGCUACAGCAGGUAGGGUUCGCAUGCCUGCGAACAACAGGGUUCACAGUAGUGCAGCCCUCCAAACCCAUGGCAUAUGGCAGAGUGCCAUUGGCUAUGACCCUUAUGCACCUAAUAAGGAUGACAAGGAUGCUUCUCAAAGUCAGCCAAAUGCAGGGCCCGAUGCAGAUAAUGCAUAUGCCAGCUUCCAAGGACUUCUACAGCUUGCUAAGAUAACCAAUUCUGAAGUGGAUGUGUCCCGUGGAGCUUGCAAGAAGUGUGGCCGUGUUGGGCACCUCAAGUUUCAGUGCAAGAACAAUGUGAAAAUCAAAGAUGACAAGGAGGAGAAGGAUUUUGAUGCAAUGCAGUCACUGGGGUUGGUUCGAAUGGAUAAGUUGAAGGGAAAGGCUGAGAAGGUGGAUAAGGGAAGCAAUGUUGAGAGCUCAGAAGAGGAGGAAGAUGAUAGUGAGAGUUCAGAUUCUGAGAUUGAUUCAGAGAUUGAGAGAGCUAUUGUUAAAAGGUCUGGGAAGAAAGUUAGUGAGAAGAGAGGUUCUUAUAGAAAGAAGGAUGACUCAGAUGAUGAUGAGUCAGACAAAGAUUCUGACCGAAAGAGAAAAAAGAGAGGUAGGGAAAAGAAAAGGAGUGUUAAGACUAAGAGGGAUGCUAGUGCUUCAGAUGAUUCCGUUGAAAGGAGGAGGAGGAAGAAAAAGAGGGAGCACAGGAGAAGCAGGAGGGACAAGUCUCCAGAUGACAGUGAUGAAUAUAGGCACAAGAAAAGGAAGAGUAGGAAGGAGAAGAGGAGAAGGAGAAGUCGUGUUUCAGAUUCUGAUUCUGAAACAUCCGAGGAUUCUACUUCGCGGCAUAAGCGAAAAAGCAAGAGGACUUCAUCAUCAACUGACAGUGAUUCGGGUGAUGGAUAUAAUGGUUCAAGGAAGGGUAGGGAUACCAAAAAAUCAGAAAAGAGGAAGAGACGCCACCAUGGAGAUGAUGAUUAGAGGAGCAACGGAGCAGUCCAUCAUAUGUCCUUUGAUGUUUGUAAACUUUUAUCAUAUGUUCUUUGAUGAUUGUGAACUUUUAUCAUAUGUCCUUUGAUGAUUGUAAACUUUUAUCAUGUGUCCUUUGAUGAUUGUAAACUUUUAUGUACCAUACACCUAUAUGCUUGUUCAAAUAUUGUACUUGGUUUCAGUUGAGCUUCAGAAUAUGGUUAUCAGUAUGACUUGAUAUUGUUGGUUUUUCUACA